AUGAGUACUAAAUAGAUUAAGGCCAUGAUUAUUAAGAAUUUUAAAAUCAGUUUCAGAAAUGGUGAACUUCUCCAAGACAUAUUGAUUCCAAUUUUUGUGGCUUGCAUGUUGUCUCUAAAAGGUAUUGCUAUGAUGUAGAAUAUAGAACAAUUGAGUUCAUUAAAUUAGAUCCUACCUAUUUUGUAUAGCUUUGCUGUCUUACCAACAUCCAGAUCCAUCAUGGUCCAUUUGGUCGAGGAGAAGAGUAAAAAAUACAAAGAAUUACAAGGAAUAAUGGGAAUGAGUCAAUCAGCAUAUAAAAUUGGAUGGCUCUUGACUGGGUAUUUGAGAAUGACUAUAGCUCUGAUGUUCUUCUUCCUCUUCCAAAUCAUUUUCAACUAUGCAGUCUCCUUAGAUUGGGAAUUUUAUUACAUUAACUCAUUUGCUUAAUUAAUGUGGCCCUACAUAGUUUAUGGAUAUGCUUCAAUUAAUCAAUCUUUUCUGUUUGCUUCAUUGAUGAACGAGUCAAGAAUUGCAGGUGAAGUGGCCACAUUCUUUUGUGUUGGCUUCAGUUUUUUUAUAUUCUUGACGUUUAUAUAAUAUGCAGCUACGUCAAUCUUAUUUUAUAUUUUAGUAGGACUGCUGAGUCCACAAUGUAACAUCGGCUUUGAAUACAUAACUGCCUUAUAAGUCGGAGUAAAUAGGAUUGGUGCUACUGUAGCGUGGUUUGACCCCAUUUUGAAGUAGCCUAUGAACAUAUUUCCAGUAAUUCUUAUAAAUGAGACCUACGAUUUAUAAGCUUCAGGUUACCAAUUAAUAGUUACAAUGCUCUUGUAUUUCUUCUUGGCACUUUAUUUUGAUCAAGUAAUCCCAAAUGAGUAUGGAAUAUCUCAACAUCCAUUAUUCCUAUUGGGAAUGAAGUACAAAGAGAAUUAAAAGAACGGAGAAUGUCUCUUGUCUGAAAAAUCAAAAGAUGCUACUUCAGCUCAGUAUUAUGAGAACUUGCAAGAGCAUAUAGAGCCUUCCAUCUAUAUAGACAACCUAACCAAGUCGUUUAACAACAAAGUAGUCGUUAGCAAUCUCACCCUCAGACUCUAUUAGAAAUAAAUCUUUUGUCUGCUUGGACAUAACGGUGCUGGCAAGACUACAACGAUCUCAAUGUUGACUGGGUUGAUAAAUAAGAGCAAAGGAAGGAUUGUGAUGUAUGACAUGAAUUUCGAUACUCAAUUAACUGAAAUUAGAAAGCACAUAGGGUUAUGCAUUCAAUAGGAUUGUUUAUAUGAAUACUUAACAGUUAGAGAGCAUUUGAGGUUCUUUGCCGAAAUCAAGUAGUCCGAAAUCAGGGAGAUUGAUGAGAUCCUCGAAAAAACAGAAUUGAAACAUGAAAUGAAUCAAAUAGUUAAGACUUUAUCCAAAGGUAGUUAAAGGAAAUUGAGUUUGGCCAUUUCUUUAAUCGGAAAUUCUAAAAUCAUAUUUUUGGAUGAACCAACAUCGGGAAUGGAUGCUUUUUCAAGGAGAGCGAUUUGGAAUAUAUUAUAAAACAUAAAAUAAGAAGAGAGAACUAUCAUUUUAACUACUCAUCACUUAGACGAGGCAGAAAUAUUAGCUGAUAGGAUAGGAAUCAUGUAGAGAGGUGAAUUGUUGGCAGAAGGUUCAUGUGAUUUCAUUAAGAAAACCUUUGGAGAGGGCUACACCUUAAAUUUAAGAAAGGAAUCAAUUAAAUAUCAAGAUGUCUCUGAAAUUCUAUCUUAAGGCAAGAUCAUACCAGAAUCUUGUCAUAAGUCUUAAUUAACUUUUUAGAUAUCUUUUGAACACCAGGAUAAACUAGAAACCAUCUGUGAAAACUUAGAGAGUUAAGGAAUAGAGAUUGAUUUGAGAUUGAAUACUUUAGAAGAAGCCUUUGUGAAAAUUGGAGAACAAGAACAAUUAGAAUUAAGCAAGUCCAAUUCCAAAAAAUCCAUGAGUUUGAAUAUCAUUGAGAAUGCUGAGGAAGGCUAUUAAUAAUUCAUCGAAAAUGUACCAAUAAGUGUCAGAGAUAAACCAGUAUUUAGCUUAUGGAGUCAAUGUUUGGCCAUGUUCCAACGUCGAUUCUAUACCACCAUUAGAACUAAUACCAAUAUCUUAGCCUUUUUCAUGCCCCUUCUAACUAUUUUGUUGGGGUUAUUAGUGGCCAAAUUUGUUUAGUUCUCAGGUAGAUUAUCAAGGAAUGACGAAGCUUAAUUGUUUCUUAAAAUUUCGAUACUCUCCUGUGUGGGAGUGAUAGGGUUCACGUUCAAUUCUACUCUGUAUGUGACCUUACCUGUACUGGAAAAAGAAUGUUAAUUAAAGGAGGUUAUGAUAUGUUCAGGUUGUAGGAUCCUAGGAUACUGGCUGGGUACAUUCCUAUUUGAUUUUAUUGUGUACUCCAUCAUCAUAAUCUUCUUCUUAGUUAUGGGGGCAAUUUUGAGUUUGGAAGCUAUUACAUCCUUUUGGUGGCAAACAGUCCUUAUUUAUUUAUGUUUUGGAUUAAGCUAUAUCACAUGCAUCUACUUGUGUAGCUUUUUGUUUGAUAAUGUGGCAAAAGCAAUGAAGCUCUUUGUGUUUUAUUCUUUCUUUUACGGAUUUUGUUUACCAAUGGUCCUCUUGGGAUUAACCAAUUUUAUAUAUCAUGUGGACUCCAUUGACUUCUUUUAAUUUUUGGUUUAUACAUUUUAGGUUCUCUUUAUGCUCGUCUAUCCAUUUUACAAUUAUUAUUUUGCUUAUGCUUGCAUGCCUCGUUUGACCAAAGGACUUAAGGCUGAAUUAGGAGGAUUACAUUUAAUAACUUACGAAAGUUAUUGGUAUGUGAUUAUGCUCAUUUACUAAUUCUUUCAAUAUUCCUUACUCAUCUACUAUCUUGAAAGGAGAAAAAUGAAGAGACAUUACAAGUUGAAUCCCGACAAUACAGAUGUCCAUUUGGAAGAUGAUGUUUAUUAGGAAUAGUAAAGAGUUUUGAAGGGCACCGAUGAUAUUAUACAGGCUCAAUCGAUCUUUAAGAGAUAUUCAAAUUAAUAACAAUUUGCCUUGAAUAAUAUCUCCUUUGGGUUAAAGUAAGGAGAAAUAAUGGGAAUUAUAGGGCCAAAUGGAGCUGGCAAGUCUACUUUGAUAAAUGUGUUAACCAACAUAAAUCAGAGUACUUAUGGAAUAGUAAAAAUAUAAUAUGCUGAUUAAUUACAUGUGGGGAUCUGCCCAUAAUAUGACUGUAUAUGGGAAAACCUUACUGUGAAGGAACAUUUGCAUGUAUUCAGUAAAUUAAGAGGCUUAUCUGGUGAGAAUCAACAAGAGGCGGUUUAAUAUUUUUUGCAGAAUGCAGAACUUUACAGUUUUAGGAACACCAGAGCUGGACAACUGAGUGGAGGAAACAAAAGAAAACUUUGUGUGGCUUUGGCUUUGAUUGGAGGCAGUGACAUUACUUUCUUUGAUGAACCUACCACUGGUGUAGAUCCCAUUUCCAGGAGAACAUUAUUCAAAACCUUAAAAUAAAAUGUGUCCAUAAGAAAUUGUUCUGUUGUCAUAACCACUCACACAAUUGAGGAGGCUGAGAAUUUGAGUGAUACUCUUGGAAUUUUGAUCGGCGGGCAAUUUAUAUGUUAUGGCGAACCCAAUUAUUUAAAAGAGAAAUAUUCAGAUGGCUAUUAUAUAUCAAUUUUGUAUAGUGAUUAAUAUUAAGAUACAGAGAUUUUAGAUAUGCUGAAACAAUAGCUGAAUAACAUUAAUUAAAUAAAGGAGGUCAGAAGAAACUAUUUAACAGUCAAUAUUAAAAUUAUUAGUUUUCAUUCCACUUUUAAACUGCUUAACUAAUUAAAAUAGAAAAAAAUAAUUGAAGAGUUUUCAAUAUCAAAAAGUUCUCUUGAAAAUAUAUUCGUCCUCUUUACAAAAUAAUAAAAUGAAAUCAAUGAUUAAUUAGGAGUUUAGGUUGAAUGA